GCUGGACACUCUUAAAACCUCGCACUGUCUCGGCCUGGCUGGCGUCUGAUCUCUCUUUGUCGCUUCGAGUUCUCCGACGGAGAGAAGGGGCGGCGCCAUGGGCUCGAGCAAUCUGGAGCAGACCAACGCGCUCUUCAGGAAGAAUAUAGUGAUCCAGAGGCGCGCCCGCAAGACCAACUGCUGCCUCAUCUUUUUCCCGCUGAUCAUCUGCGGGGCCAUCGGCGGCCUGCAGAUCACCAUCGACCGCCAGAUAGCCAAGGAGCAGCGAGAACAUCCAAUCGUCGUGGACUGCUCCUGCAACAAUGCCGUCGUGUCGGGCAACAGCACGGGGGGCGCGGUGUGCUUGGACUCGUGCCCUCUGCCUCGCGCCCCCAAAUGGCCACCCGUGCUGCAGAUCCCGUCGCCAUCGUCGAGUAACCCGUUCUUCUACGACGGCGGCGCGUCGUGCAGCGCCGGCGCCGCGGCGCCCGGGUCCUGCGCCGCGAGGUUCCUCGUCACCGGCACCAACCAGUCCUUCGUUUCAAGUGUGAUGGAUAACAUGAUCCCCGUGCAGAGCACGUCGGUGAACGUGUCGGCCGACGACAUCUCCGCGCUAGCCGAUUUUGUUCUGGCUAACAGGUACUAUAUGCAAACAACACUGUUUGAUCCUCCAGGAGUGAACUCAUUUCUUCAGAACACAUGUACUCCGAACCUGACACUUUCAUAUGCUUAUAUAGAAGGCAAUGAAACUGUCAGCCAAGAUGUGAAUUGCACGGAAGGAUUAAUGCUCUGGCGCGACAAUUCGUGGCUCAUUAGUGAUGAACUGUAUAAAGCAUACUAUGGAGGGAACAAGACAAAUGAAAUUGCUGCAGCGUACGACUUCUUAAGCUCUGAUCUGAGCAACUUUAACUUGGUCAUUUCAUAUAACUCGACAAACAAGUUUGGUAAUGUGGACACUGGAAUCUCUAUCAUCCAAUUACCUGGGCCAUGGGAAGCACCUAGAUUGCGUCAAGUUCCAAGGUUAACAAAUAUGGCAUCAAGUGCAUACCUUCAUUUAAGAGGCAAUGCUCUCAAGAUAUCAUUUGAUUUUGUUAAAGAUAUGCCCAGAGCAGCUAAAUCAUUUAGCUUUGAUAUAUCUUCAAUAAUAGGACAGCUGCCUUAUCUAUGGACUAUGAUGCUUCUUUUCCCGGUAAUUUUGACCAACCUUGUAUACGAGAAGCAAAAUAAGCUUAGGAUCAUGAUGAAGAUGCAUGGUCUUGGUGAUUUGCCAUAUUGGACUAUAACAUAUUCGUAUUUUAUCCUUCUAUCAAUGCUAUACAUGCUGUCCUUCAUGAUAUUUGGUGUUGCACUAAGAAUAUCAUUCUUUCGACUAAAUAAUUAUGACCUGCAGUUUGUGUUCUACUUUGCUUACAUGAACUUGCAAAUUUCAUUUGCAUUUCUUGUGGCUACAUGCUUCUCAAAUGUGAGGACAGCUACUGUCACAGGAUAUUUCUACAUAUUUGGGUCCGGACUUAUAGCAGAAUUUUUUUUCAAGCCAUAUAUUGAAGACAUUUUCCUCUCAGGAAGCUGGAUUAUACUUUUGGAACUUUUUCCUCCAUUUUCUUUGUAUCGCAUUGUGUACGAGUUAUCACAAUCUGCAUUACUGGUAAGUGUUAUGGGCUCCACGGGUAUGCAGUGGAGCGACCUGAGUGAUACCAAAAAUGGGAUGAGAAGUGUUUUAACCAUAAUGAUAUUCGAAUGGAUCCUAUUCAUGUCAUUAUCAUUCUACCUGGAUCACUUUGGUUCCUUUCAAAAUGGAAUAAGAAAAGCAGUAUUACUUCUUCACUCACACCGGGCUGCAAAGCAAUCUUCAGCAGCUCAACAGCAGACCAUGCAAGUUCAAGAGUUCAAAGCUUCUGUUGAAAUGGAGAGGACAGAUGUUAUCAAAGAGAGAGAAAUAGUUGGACAGCUAUUACAGGAGCCAAAUAGAAGUUAUUCAGUCAUAUGUGACAACCUUAAGAAAGUGUAUCGUGGAAAAGAUGGCAACUCAAAGAAAAUUGCUGUCAGAGAGUUGUCCCUUUCAAUGGCUCGGGGGCAGUGCUUUGGUGUUCUUGGUCCAAAUGGUGCUGGAAAAACCACACUCAUCAACAUGCUCACUGGAUUUACGAAACCUACAUCUGGCACGGCGUACAUAGAAGGAAUGGACAUACGACUGGACAUGGACAAAAUUUAUUCAGGAAUCGGUGUUUGUCCGCAGCAUGACUUGCUUUGGGAAACACUGACUGGCAAAGAACAUUUGUUGUUCUACGGAAGGCUUAAGAAAUUGAAGGGUACACAAUUAGCUCAGGCUAUCAAACAAUCUUUGAAAAGUGUGCGUUUGUUUGAGGGUGGUGUUGCUGAUAAGCUUGUAGCAAAAUACAGCGGUGGCAUGAAGCGUCGUCUCAGUGUUGCAAUCUCUCUAAUUGGUGACCCAAAGGUUGUUUAUAUGGAUGAACCAAGUUCGGGCUUAGAUCCCGCAUCGAGGAAAGACUUAUGGAAUGCCGUAAAGUCUGCUAAACAGGACAGGGCCAUAAUUCUCACGACACAUUCAAUGGAAGAAGCCGAAGUUCUGUGCGAUCGAAUAGGAAUAAUCGCGAACGGUACCUUGCAGUGCAUCGGAAACUCAAAAGAGCUGAAAACCAAGUACGGAGGCUCAUAUGUACUGACAAUAACGACUGCGGCAGGUGAGGAGGCGGAGGAGGUGGAGAAACUAGUUCAGUCCAUCUCGCCUGGGGUGAGCAGGGUGUACCAUAUCUCUGGGACGCAGAAGUUUGAGAUGCCGAAGCAGGAGGUCAGGAUAUCAGACGUGUUCCAUGCCAUGGAGAAUGCGAAGAGUAGGGUGACGAUCCUCGCCUGGGGCCUGGCUGACACUACUCUGGAGGACGUGUUCAUCAGAGUUGCCAGGGAGAGCGAGGCAUCCUCUGUUUGCAGCUCAUCAUAGUCGCGGCUUCAGAUAUAUGUAUGACGAAUGUUUUUUUGAACACAAAUGUAUGGCGAAUUAGCAAUGCGCUGAGCUUGUAAGGCUUCAAAUGAGUUUGGAUCA